CCAGGAAGAAAAGUUCCACCUGAAAGACCAACCAACCAAGCACACAGCCAUGUUGCUGCUGUGGAUCCUCUCCCUAGCUGCCUCUUUUCUCCUGCCUGCAAAUGGUGAAGUGGUGAGGAAUUUCAAAAGCUGCAGCCAGUUCUUCUUGGAUAAAAAACCCCCCAAACCAUCACUGAAGCCAAUGAAUCCAGCCAGAAUCUGCCAGUACUGUAAGGAGAAAUAUCGAUUUGCCACAAUGUACGACAGAGAUCGGCACAUCCCCUUGUUCUCAGCAUAUAAAUAUCAACCUGGUAGGGGCAGAAGAGACUACCAGUGGAUGAUAGAACCUCAGCUUGCACUGCCUGAACAGCAUAAAAAGAAAAGUAUGGAUUUGGAAAGGUAUGCUCACAUCGACCACAAGCUCCUUGCAAGGAGCCAGGCUGUUUCAGAGGAUUACAAAGACACUAUCUACUAUGACAGAGGACACUUGACGCCUAUGCUCCAUCAACCGGACCCCGACAGCAAAAAUGCAACAUUUACCUUGACCAAUAUCGUUCCCCAGUUUCGCCAACUCAAUCAAGGAAAAUGGGCAGAGUAUGAAAGAAACAUGAAACGAAAAACUACAGGAUGCCAUGAUACAUAUGUCAUUGUGGGUGUGGUGCCUGGGAGCAAUUUCAUUGCUACUGGCAGAGUCAAUAUCCCCAGUCAUAUCUGGGCUGCAGCUUGUUGUGUGUCUGAAGGCAAUCGCAGAAGAUCCUGGGCUGUCAGUGCAAGUAAUGAUCAGAAUGUGGUAGACCAAAGAACCCUGAGAGAACUGGAAGUACUACUUGGUAAAUACUACCAGAAGAAGAAAAUUGAUCUUUUCAAUGGUGCUUGUUAUUCAGGGGAUACUCUGCAGAAUGAGUUCAGAGAAAAAAACACCACCAGGGUGCUAACCUAG